UCUCCUUUCAACCUAUUUUUUAAUCAGCAUAUUCCUUCUGAAUUGAAGAAUAAAUGGGAUCUGAAAUGAAUUUAGUUGGACAUCAUCAGCUAGCCACUGCUGAUGGAUUUCCUCUUGCUGAAGGUCCUCAUUUGUUUGGUGUCCUUUCAGAACCAAUGAGUUCUCCAGUACAAGAAGCAGAUGUGUCACCUUAUGCACAGUACAACAGUGUGCCAUUUCCCCAAGUUCAGCCUCAGAUUUCGUCACCGCCUUAUUACCCCAACCUAGGCUUCUACCCUCCGCAGCAUGAGGAAUGGUAUUCCCCUGGGAUGUACGAACUCAGGAGAUUACCCUCAGAGACCUUUUUCACCAGGGAGACAGACAUAAUGGAUAUUCCUGCAGCCAAAAAACCUAGACUGGGUCACUCUACAGGAAGAGUGAAAGGAGAAGAGCUCUGUGUGGUCUGCGGUGACAAAGCCUCUGGGUACCACUACAACGCCCUUACUUGUGAAGGAUGCAAAGGAUUCUUCAGAAGAAGUAUCACAAAAAAUGCAGUAUACAAGUGUAAAAAUGGAGGCAACUGCGAGAUGGACAUGUACAUGAGAAGAAAAUGCCAGGAGUGCCGUCUAAGGAAAUGCAAGCAAAUGGGCAUGUUGGCUGAAUGUAUGUAUACAGGCCUAUUAACCGAGAUACAGUGCAAGUCAAAAAGGCUCCGGAAAAAUGUGAAGCAGCCCCCAGAUCAGACAGUCAAUGAAGAUAAUGACAGCCAUGACGUGAAACAAGUAACAUCUACAACUAAAAUAUAUAGGGAGAAAGUAGAGUUUACCCCAGAACAGCAGAACCUUCUUGAUUAUAUCAUGGAUUCAUACAGUAAACAACAAAUACCACAGGAGGUGUCAAAAAAACUAUUAAACGAGGAAUUCAGUGCUGAAGGAAAUUUUCUGAUUUUAACAGAAAUGGCUACCAGUCAUGUGCAGGUUCUUGUGGAAUUCACUAAAAAACUACCAGGCUUCCAAACUCUUGAUCAUGAAGACCAGAUUGCUUUGCUGAAGGGCUCAGCAGUAGAAGCCAUGUUCCUCCGUUCAGCUGAGAUCUUCAGCAGGAAACUUCCUACAGGACAUACUGUCCUUUUAGAAGAAAGAAUUCGCAACAGUGGUAUUUCAGAUGAAUUCAUAACUCCCAUGUUUAAUUUUUACAAAAGCAUUGGAGAGCUAAAGAUGACACAGGAAGAAUAUGCACUGCUCACAGCCAUAGUUAUCCUGUCUCCAGAUCGACAAUACAUAAAGGACAGAGAUUCUGUGGAAAAGCUUCAAGAACCACUGCUGGAUAUUCUACAAAAAUUCUGCAAACUUCACCACCCAGACAACCCUCAACACUUUGCAUGUCUUCUGGGUCGUCUCACAGAAUUACGGACAUUUAACCAUCAUCACGCAGAGAUGCUGAUGUCAUGGAGAGUGAAUGAUCACAAAUUCACACCACUUCUCUGUGAGAUCUGGGAUGUGCAGUGAUGGAUACUUUUUUAUUUUAGGAGAAAUAUCUUUUUAAAGGACCACAUAACAUUUACUUUCAUAGAAAAGUAUCCCACAGUGCAUUGUAUCUUCUUUAAUGCAUUUUUAUAGAAACAUGACAUGGAUUCAUAAAAGUCAUUUUGUUCACUAUGCACAGAAUAUUGUAUAGCUACCAGAUCUUCACAUGUGAGUAUAACUUUUUCUGUAUUUAUACUGUCUGAUCAGAAA